AUGUCGUCUUCGGGGGGCGGUUUCCUAGGCCGCUCGAGCAAUAGCACCGCGAACAUGCGCGGCCUGGUCCAGUUCAUCGCUGAUCUGCGCAAUGCCCGCGCCAGAGAGCUCGAGGAGAAGCGCAUCAACAAGGAACUCGCCAAUAUUCGACAAAAGUUUAAAGACGGAAACCUCAAUGGCUACCACAAGAAGAAAUACGUCUGCAAACUCUUGUACAUCUAUAUCCUGGGCUGGAACGUCGACUUUGGCCACCUCGAAGCCGUCAACCUCAUCUCAGCUACCAAGUACUCCGAGAAGCAGAUUGGGUAUCUGGCUGUUACGCUCUUCCUUCAUGAAAAGCACGAGCUCCUUCACCUUGUCGUCAACAGCAUUCGCAAGGAUCUUUUGGACAGCAAUGAGCUCUUCAACUGCCUGGCUCUCCACGCCAUUGCCAAUGUCGGAGGCCGCGAGAUGGGCGAGUCUCUAAGUGCUGACGUCCACCGGCUUUUGAUAGCUCCUACAUCCAAGUCGUUCGUAAAAAAGAAGGCAGCCCUUACUCUACUACGUCUGUAUCGAAAGAGCCCCGAAAUUGUCAGCCCGCAGUGGGCUGAUCGUCUGAUACACUUGAUGGACGACCAAGAUCUCGGCGUUGCACUUUCUGUCACCUCAUUGGUUAUGACAGUGGCACAGGACAGCUUGGAUCUGUACAAGGGUGCUUACGCAAAGGCCGCUGCUCGACUCAAGCGCAUUGUCAUCGAUGCCGAGUACACUGCCGAUUACUUGUACUACAAGGUUCCCUGCCCGUGGCUCCAAGUAAAGCUCCUGAGGCUCCUUCAGUAUUUUGCGCCCUCAGAUGAUACGCAUGUCCGCAAUAUGCUACGAGAGGCCCUGCAAAAGAUUCUGAGCCUGGCAACAGAAGGCAGCAAGAAUGUGCAGCAGAAUAAUGCGCAAAAUGCGGUUCUCUUCGAGGCCAUCAACCUCAUCAUUCAUCUCGAUACCGAGCACGAGCUCAUGGAUCAAAUCUCCACUCGUCUGGGUCGUUUCAUUCAAAGCCGCGAAACCAAUGUUCGCUACCUCGGCCUUGAGGCUAUGACGCACUUGGCCGCGCGCACUCGAACACUUUCUCCGAUUAAACAGCACCAAAGCAUCAUUCUUGGAUCACUAAAGGAUCGUGACAUCAGCGUUCGGCGCAAGGGACUGGAUCUUCUCUACAGCAUGUGUGAUUCUACAAAUGCUAGAAUCAUCGUCGGAGAGCUGUUGCAUCACCUUCAAAAUGCCGACUACGCCAUACGUGAAGAAAUGGUAUUGAAGAUUGCUAUUUUGACAGAAAAGUACGCUACCGAUGUCCAGUGGUACGUCGACAUCUCCCUCAGGCUGAUUGCCAUGGCUGGUGAUCAUGUUAGCGACGAAGUCUGGCAGCGCGUCACGCAAAUCGUUUCCAACAACGAGGAGCUCCAAAUAUAUGCUGCCCAAAACGCCCUGCAACACAUCAAGUCGGACCAUUGCCAUGAAACACUUGUCAAGAUUGCAGCAUAUAUCCUCGGCGAAUUCGGCCACCUAGUCGCGGACCAGCCGCGAUGCAGCCCCAUUGAGCAGUUUAUGGCUCUGCAAAACAAGCUGGCUACGUCGUCACCCAGCACACGUGCCAUGAUUCUCUCGUGCUUUAUCAAAUUUGUCAACUUAUUCCCGGAGAUUAAGCCUCAACUCGUCCAGGUUUUUCAAAUCCACAGCUACACCUUGGACUCGGAAAUGCAGCAAAGAGCCUGCGAAUACCUCACCCUUGCUACACUCCCCACCGAUGACCUGUUGAGAACAGUCUGCGACGAGAUGCCUCCUUUCCCCGAGAGAGAGUCGGCCCUGUUGUCUCGACUACACCAAAAGCACGCGAAUACUAGCGAUAGACGGACAUGGGUUGUUGGAGGCAAGGAUGCCAAUGCGGAUAAUACGGAAUUGAGCAUGGCCAAGCCUGGUCUCAAACGUUCCUUCAGCUCUGGAAAUGCACUCAAUGGAAAGAACGGAGGACAUUCGCAUGGAGCAAAUGAUCUGGCGGGCCUGGACAUGAGCUCACCUGCUGAGCCGGCCAAAGCACCGAACCUGGCUAGCGCCGCACAUUUGUCGCCUGGCUGGGAAAAGGGCUACAAUCGCCUCUUGCUUCGAUCGGAAGGUGUGCUAUAUGAGGAUGGCCAGCUGCAAAUCGGCAUCCGAUCCGAAUACCGCGGUCAAAUGGCUUGCAUCAUUGCGUACUUCAAGAACAAAAAUCCCGGCGAAAUCGCUUCAUUUACGACUACUUUGGACUUGGACCGAAGCGAAAAGGCCAAUCUGACGUGGGAUGUAAAAGACUUGCCAGACAGCAGUCUCGUCCAUGGCGGGCAGUCGCAACAAGUCAUCAUGUUUGAGGCGCAAAAGACAUUCUCAAAAAGCCCGACAAUCCGAGUCAGUUACUUGGCGGGGUCUUUGCAGGCUGUUACGCUCAAACUUCCCAUUGCCAUACACAAGUUCAUGGAUCCUGCGGAACUAUCAGGAGAGGACUUUUUCAAGCGAUGGAAGCAAAUUAGCGCGGGCGAAAGAGAAGCGCAGAGUAUUUUCGGUGUACACGCCAAGGCCAAGAAUAGGGAGAUUACAGAGACCUUUGUUAGGAGGUCUGUAGAGGGGUUCCGAUGGCGCUUGCUUGAUAUGCUCGAUCCCAACCCUAAGAACAUUGUUGGUGCCAGUGUGCUCCAUACGACGCAAGGCGGCAAGUUUGGCUGUCUCAUGAGACUGGAACCAAACUACGCAAGUCAAAUGAUUCGACUAACAAUUCGUGCAACCGAUGAUUCGGUGCCGGCAGUACUGCUCAAGCUCAUGCAAGACCAUCUCAGCAUGGGUGUUUCCGCAGGACCCGACCUCCCUGAACCCCCUACGAGACAAGACAUAUCCGAUGCAUUUGGGAGUGUGAUGGUGUCAUGA